GCAGGCAGCCAGGCGGCGCUCCUGCGGGCCCCGAACGUGCGGCUAGCCGGGCCCAGCGCCCAGCCCCGCGGGCGGCGGCGGGCGAUCGGGCGGGCACAGGAGCAGGAGCGGGAGAGCGGAGCGGCCAGGAGGGAAGCCGGGGCGAAGGGAGAAGGUGGCGGGAGGAGGAGACAGCAGGGACAGGUGUCAGAUAAAGGAGGGCUCUUCUCCACUGCUGAGGCAUCAUGGCCGCUAAGUCAGACGGGAGGCUGAAGAUGAAGAAGAGCAGCGACGUGGCGUUCACCCCGCUGCAGAACUCGGACAAUUCGGGCUCGGUGCAAGGACUGGCUCCUGGCUUGCCGUCGGGGCCCGGAGCUGAGGAUGUAGAAGCGGCUGGGGGCGGCUGCUGCCCGGACGGCGGCGGCUGCUCGCGCUGCUGCUGUUGCUGCGCGGGGAGCGGUGGCUCGGCGGGCUCGGGCGGCUCUGGCGGCGGCGGCCCGGGCAGCGGGGCGGGCUCGGCGGCGCUGUGCCUGCGCUUGGGAAGGGAGCAGCGGCGCUACUCGCUGUGGGACUGCCUCUGGAUCCUGGCCGCCGUGGCCGUGUACUUCGCGGACGUGGGAACGGACAUCUGGCUCGCCGUGGACUACUACCUGCGCGGCCAGCGCUGGUGGUUUGGGCUCACGCUCUUCUUCGUGGUGCUGGGCUCGCUCUCUGUGCAAGUGUUCAGUUUCCGCUGGUUUGUGCACGAUUUCAGCACCGAGGACAGCGCCACGACUAUGGCCUCCAGCAGCCAGCAGCCUGCACCCGAUUGCAAGACGGUGGUCAGUGGUGGGUCUGCAGCCGGGGAAGGCGAGACUCGCCCUUCUACGCCGCAGAGGCAAGCAUCCAACGCCAGUAAGAGCAACAUCGCCGCCACCAACAGCGGCAGCAACAGCAACGAGGCCACCCGGACCAGCGGCAAACACAGGUCUGCGUCCUGCUCCUUCUGCAUCUGGCUCCUGCAGUCACUCAUCCACAUCUUGCAGCUCGGGCAAAUCUGGAGGUAUUUGCACACAAUAUACUUAGGUAUUCGAAGUCGGCAGAGCGGGGAGAGUGGCAGGUGGCGGUUUUACUGGAGGAUGGUGUACGAGUAUGCGGAUGUGAGCAUGCUGCACCUGCUAGCCACCUUUCUGGAAAGUGCUCCACAGUUGGUCCUGCAGCUCUGCAUUAUUGUACAGACCCACAGCUUACAGGCCCUCCAAGGUUUUACAGCAGCAGCCUCCCUUGUGUCCUUGGCGUGGGCCCUAGCCUCCUACCAGAAGGCUCUUCGGGACUCCCGAGAUGACAAAAAACCCAUUGGCUACAUGGCCGUCAUCAUCCAGUUCUGUUGGCACUUCUUCACCAUCGCCGCCAGAGUCAUCACGUUCGCCCUCUUCGCUUCAGUUUUCCAGCUAUAUUUUGGGAUAUUCAUUGUCCUCCACUGGUGCAUCAUGACCUUCUGGAUUGUUCACUGUGAGACAGAAUUCUGUAUCACCAAAUGGGAAGAGAUUGUGUUUGACAUGGUGGUGGGCAUCAUCUACAUCUUCAGUUGGUUCAAUGUCAAGGAAGGCAGGACACGCUGCAGGCUGUUCAUUUACUAUUUUGUAAUCCUUUUGGAAAACACAGCCUUGAGUGCACUCUGGUACCUCUACAAAGCUCCCCAGAUUGCAGAUGCAUUUGCCAUCCCGGCGCUGUGUGUGGUUUUCAGCAGUUUUUUAACAGGCGUUGUUUUUAUGCUCAUGUACUAUGCCUUCUUCCAUCCCAAUGGGCCCAGAUUUGGGCAGUCACCAAGUUGUGCUUGUGAUGACCCUGCUACUGCCUUCUCGCUGCCUCCAGAAGUGGCCACGAGCACACUACGGUCCAUCUCCAACAACCGCAGUGUUGCCAGUGACCGCGAUCAGAAAUUUACAGAGAGGGAUGGAUGUGUCCCUGUGUUUCAGGUGAGACCAACCGCACCACCCACCCCAUCAUCUCGACCACCACGGAUUGAAGAAUCAGUCAUUAAAAUUGACCUGUUCAGGAAUAGGUACCCAGCGUGGGAGAGACAUGUGUUGGACCGAAGCCUGAGAAAGGCUAUUUUAGCCUUUGAAUGUUCCCCGUCUCCUCCGAGGCUGCAGUACAAAGACGAUGCUCUUAUUCAAGAGAGGCUGGAGUAUGAAACCACUUUAUAAAACAGAAGAAGCCACAACGUCCCCAUGAAGAGAUGACAACAGGGCUGUGGCAAUAAUGACACUUCAUCUAAGAGUAGGGCAAUGAGCUAUAUGUUCUUAGUGCAAACAUUGUCAUGGUAUGGUUUGAUCUUCCAUUAGCUGACUACCUGCUGCUGGUGUCCAUUCAAGCCAGCAGUGCUGAGCGUCUCUUAGUCCACCUAAAGGGGUAAUGCCAGCCUAGUAUGACUGUUGUUACCAAACUCCUCCAGCACAGGCUUGGAGCACAUUCACAGAAGGGCACCAUUAUUAUGAAAAAAAAAUGUUGCCUCUCAUCAUUAAGGUAUUUUGAUGGCGUUUUCUGAUUUGUGCAUAAAUAUGUUCACAUACACAUACCACCACCACUACCACUACCACCACCGCCCUCUAUUGAAAGAGCUGAGGUGGGGCUAGGAAGAUGGCCCGGUAGUUAGGAGCACUGACUGCUCUUCCAAAGGACCCAGCACUCACUUGGUGGCUACAACUGCCUGCAACUCCAGUUGCAGUAGGUCCAAUGCCCACUUUUGGCCUCCUCAGGCACUGCACACACAUGGUGCACAGACAUAUAUGCAGGCAAACACCCAUACACAUGAAAUAAAAUAAAUCUCAAAAAAAUAUCUUAGGUGAUUUCCUUGAUGCAAAGCUCACAGCAGACUCCAGGAAGAAAGCAACCUUGCUUAGAAAGAUUUCACAAACCAUUUUCUAAUUUGGAAGCAAGUAGCAUAUGUGGCAGAGCCUGCACCGUGGACAGCAAACUCAAGUGUUUACACAUGUACUAGUGUUGAUUGAAUGAUUCUUUUUCUACUCAUUUCAGGAUUUGUUUUUACCUUAGGUUUUUGCAGUUGCAAACAUUCUUUAUGACAGAAAUCCUAUGCAGCACAUGUAUGGCUUUGGAUGAGACCAAGGAGCUCAAUGUCCGUGAUGUAAAUUAAAUGAUACUCAUGAUUCAGUAUUCAAUUGCAAAAAUACAAUCUAUAUGCAAAGAGUAGUUGGGGGAGCGACAAAAUAAGAGUGAGAUUCUCAGGUGUGUGCAGUUCAUUUUGGAAUGCACCCACAGAGCCACAAGAGAGGGAGGGCCUGUUUCCAGGUGCAGAAUGAGCAUGGUAAGCAGGUGUGAUUCUGGAAACCACAUGCCACAUCUUUCUAGUGCCAAACUUUGUCCAAUCACAGAACUGAUAUGGAAUUCCCCCCAAACAGAGAAUAAGUGGUAUCCCAAAGCAGACAAGAAAAGAAUAACCAGGUUAUCCACUGUGUACAGACUUAUCCCUUCCCAUUCAAGGUCAACAUGAUGUGUCUCCUAGGGACUUUGGGACACCUUUUAGCAAGGGUAAGCAUACAGAUGUAGUGUGUAUGCUGUAAGAAAACUGCCUGAACUGCUUGAGGGCACACGACACCAUCAGCUAACAUUUGUAUUCAAAUCAUCUGUGAAGUCACGCUCUUACCACAAGUUUCUGAGUUUUAAUACCUCCAUAAAGCAAGUAAACAUUCCCGCUUUCUGUUCUCAGCGUCCUUGGUCAUGGUGCUUUUUGUUGCAUUAAAAGUGCCGGUCAAACUUUGAUAGUAUUUUUUUAUAGUUGGUGCAGAGUGGAAUAACUCAUGGAUUAUUUCAAUAUUUUUGUAAUAAAAAUAUAGGGUGUACAUAUAGGCAUUGUUGCUUUUUUUAUAGACUUGGAAUUAUUUAAAAUACAUUAAAUGUCAUAUUCACUUGGGACAUUAGAAUUCAGUCUACAAAUCCAUCAGCCUGCCUCAGCAGAAUGAAAACACUUGUCCUCGAUGAGAUUACCUUCCUUUUUGCAAUUUGAUGGCCCAGGAACCUGACCAGGGUGCUAUCUGAGCAUCAAGUGAAGAGGGAAGUAGCCUAACUAGAAAGGGCUUGUGAAGACUGAUCACUGUCUCCCAGGAAAUCAAAGAUGUAAGUGAUUUCUUUCAUCCAUCCAUUAGAACAACCUGACCACAGUGGAAGAUGUCUUAAACUUCCUUCCCUGGUUUUAUACUAACCCAGCCAAUAUAUUAAAGAUUCAUCAAGUCACAAAAAAAGAAGAAAGAAAGUCAGCUUCAUUUAUAUUCACUUAUAAUAGUCAAGUUCUAGAGCCACCACCAAUAAUGGAUAUGUCAUCGAAGGACUGUGGUCCCCAACAUGACAUCCACAGGAAGGGACAGAGGGCUCAACCUAGGACAUCUUUUGGUACAAAGCCCCAAAGCAAUUUUUUAAGACAAUUUUUACCAGACAUAUUUCCUAAUACUCAAUGAUUUGAUCCUUCAAGCAAGAUUUCCACUAUGAUACACUAACUGGUCUUUUGUUGGAAUGAAGAAAUACUACCUUGCUGCCAGUAAAGCUUCAGGAAGACACUCAGCAAAUGGUGAACACACCUCAUUCCAGUGUAGAAGGAAAUCACACUAAUUUGUGCAGAUACUUCAUUGGUGUGCAGAACCAUGAGUUAUUAACUUCAUUAGUUCCAAGACAACUUUUCACUGAUGAGCUUCGGAGACUGCCGUUCUCAGGUGGUCUGCAGCUUUGACUCUGUGAGUGAAUAACAGUUAACGUCGGAAUAGUGUCCAGCCAAACAAGACAACAGGAGCAUCCACUCUUUGAUCAUAAGUACCUUGGAACUUGUCAAGUUUUACUGGAGAUGCGUUGCAGUUAAUUAAUCCAACAGACACUUUAAUCUUGCAAAUUCUUGACUUGUAAUAUUGUAAUCAAGCUACUGGAACAGAACAUGAAUCAGUUCAUGGAAAAGGAACACUUGGUUCAGUGCUGUGGCCCGAUGUAUGCAAGCCUGAAGAAACAGACCUCUGAGAAGUAGAGCUAAGGAAAUUGUGCUACCUGGUCCCUCGACACAAAUGCCAUCAGUGUCCAUGUUAUCAUCCUCUUUCUUUAUUUUCUCUAGUAAGAACUGUUUAAAAAAAACAGUCAGUGACUUCCUGGGGGCUUGUAUAGCUCAGAGAAAUGGGUAUGGGUCAAAGGGACUUGCUUCAAGUGGAUUGAAGCCCACUUGUUUGGAUAUGGAAAGAGUCUGUCAUCUUUUAAUAACUGAUCUAUCUUGAGUACCAUCGCCGCUUUUGAUUUGUUCCAUUGUCAGCAUGAUAAUAACCAAUGUGUAAUGUUUUCAUUGAUAAUUCAAUUUCAGAGGUUAAAUCUGCAGUUUUAACUUAAAGGUGUAGUUAUAGAGUGAUUUGAUGCCUGCCUUCCUAAGUGGUAACAUUACCAGUCCCAAACCAAAACCCAUUUCAACAAGGAAUCAACUAGCCUAUGGCUUCUCAGAUCACAUAAAAUCUUGUUAUGACCUUAAAGAUGACCAACCAAAUGGCCUUAAUGCCUACAUUUUUAUUAUAAGAAAACAGGUGGACUGAGAAUUUACAAUCAUGAUUCCUUCCAUUUCUCUCCAAAUAAAGGUGAAAGUGAAGUUGUCAGAGUUCAGAUAUAAUUACAAAGUAUGUAAGAGUCUGAUGUGCGUGUGACCCUGUUAAAUUUAUAUCUACACUUUUGGCAUCAGUUUUAGAAGUCAGAUCUAGAUAAAAGGGUGAAAGUCAACAAGUGUGUCCAAUAAGCACUCUGGAAGGAGAAGAAGAUGGAGCAGGGAUCACCAUGUCCCCACACAAGCAUCUCAGUUGCUCUAUGAGGACAUUCCCAGAGCUUAUGAGUGUACUUCUGGGAAUCCACACUGGUGCCCAGGCAAGCCAUGUACCAGAGCAACCUCUGGGUAUAACCACUACAAGUAGAAAGAAUGGUAGAAAGGUAGCCUCCUCCCUUGUGGCUUACCCUCACAUGCCAGACAACGAGAACUAACAAGCUGAAAAAUGUUCAUUUUCUGACCUACACCCUCCUGUGUAAUGUAUCAUGAGUUGGUUAACUGCAGGGACAUAGAAACAGUAACAGUCCUCUCUAACAAGGUUCAGGAGUAAGUGUGACCAUAGGAGUGUUGAGUACCAGGACAGAAGAUUUCUACUAAUGUAGAGGCCCAAGAAAACCUGUCUAUCACUUGUCAGGAACACUCACGUUUUUACAUCGUAGACACAUAAAAUAUCUCUGCCAUUCCAUAAUUAUGGCUAUGUACAUAUCCUUUUAUGAAGGGACAAGGCCUGGUUAAUAUGGAAAGAUAGAGGUCAUGCAGGAAGCUUCAUAUUGAGUGGCUCUUUCUAGGAAAACCUUCCCUCUGAUGGUUCUCCUUGAUUAGUGGUCCUGUAAUGUCUGUCCAUCAAGAGCUUCUGGUGGAUUAUAAAACAAGAGAUUGCAAAUCCCUCUUACUUAUUAAACAUAAGCUAUUUAAGUAUCACUCUUUUAAUAACAAUGAGAUUCAGGGUUACCAUGGCCUUACUCAUCAUCCCAUUGUAAAUAUAUCAGUCACAACAGGUCUGUGUUCAAACGCACUCAGCUCAGUUUAGCUAGUAUCAUCUUUCUUGCAACACGGUUUGGAUCUUGAUUCUAUCAGUCAGUCAUCUUAUCUGUGUACCCACUCUACGAUUCAUAAGUCCUGUGUGAGUAAUUUUCAGAACAAUAGAAGAAAACAAGAAGAUAGCCGUGCAAUUUUCCCACAGGAAAAAACAUUAGACUGUUGAUCACCCCAAAGUCCUGACUUUUCCUCAUGACUGAGUUUCUUUUUAUUUAUCAGCUUUCACCAUUUGAAUUUUCCAGAUGAUUGCUGAAUAAUUUUCACCAAACCAAAGUAGAUACUGAAGCAUUAUUAAAAAGUAAAAGACUGUUCACAUGAAUGCAAACAUCCCUAUGAAAAAUCAAGAAGUCAAUCAUUCAAGGAGCACAUGUGGUUUUGUGAUAGCACACAUCAGGAAACUCUCUGCGAGAGAUCAGGUGUUUAAGCAUACUGUUUUCAAUCCUGUUGUCUGGUGUAGAGAGACAAACUGCUCAGGUGUUGCAGGUGGAACUUGACUUUCUUGUGCAGUAACUUUUUGAUGGUGACAUUCUGCUGCUAACAAUUCUCUUUGUUAUACAAAGAGAAAUAAAUAGUGCAGAGCAACUGCAGUCUAUUUCUAUUUCCUUCUGAAAAUGCAUGAGUGUAAGAUGUUGGAUGGCUGUGUCUCAGGUAUGCUAAACAUAACUGCAUGAGGACCUCUUUAAAGUGGCAGUUCUUAGAGGCCCUUCACUGGCUUUUCUGGGCAAGAAAACUUCUUUUAGCCUUCACUGUUUCAGAAUUUUAUCAUUGCUAUUUUGCUGUUUGUAAAUCUUCAACAUUUUCAAAAUCUAUUGGGCAAAAUGAUUUAAGGGAAAUAUAAAAUCUCUAUCUUUUUAUUGUUCAAAUAGAACUUUUCAUUUUAAGUGUCCCUUAUAAACUUAAAGUUAAAACUGUUUAAAUUGUUUGAUGCAAUUACUUCAUGGUGAAUUUUAUGGCUGCAGUUGGACGAAAAGGUCUGUUUCCCCAGAUCAAACUAAUUAUCUAGCUUUGGGAUUUGGUUUGCUGAUGUCAUUCUAGUUAACAAGUGCUUGCUGAUUACUGUGAAUAUUGUAAUAUUAGUAUUCCCCCAGUUAAUCCCUGCCACAUUUCUUCAUGAGGGGAAAAAGAAGUGUUGACCUUGAAGGAAACCUGCCUUCCAGAAGGUGGACUGAGGAUGCCACACUGGCCCAGAUCUCUUUCUUCCUGGUAGCCUUAGGAAGUUGAUCCUGCCCCUUCUGAUAUGCUGGGUGAUGAAGAUAUGGAUAUCCUCAGUCAAAUGAUUGCCUCACUGGCUGAUCUGAAGUUUGGCAGAAAAACACACAAGCUGUCCAACCUAUUUCCCUUUAAGAGCACUUCAGCACCACAUCUUGCUCUGAAGCACUUACUGUAGGUGAACUAAGAUCUUGGAGAGGCAUUGAGCUAUACAAACAUCUUGAGGGGUUUCCAAAGACAGUGCAAACGUUCCCAAGGACCCAGGUAGCAUUUUGAUUGUGUGAAAUUCUACAUUCAGAACCAAGAAUAACAUCAUGAAGCAGAUGAUAAAAUUCCUCUUGUCUCUCCUUUUCUUAGAUGUAGUUUCCCUUGACACCUGAACCUCACAACUAAGCCACAUUUGUCCACCCUCUAAGGUUUUGCCUUUCCCUUUUUCCUUGGGAUUUUAAAUCAUCAAUCUCUGAUGUUUGGCUGAUAUUGCAACAAAAGGUGGCCAGUGAUUGGCAAUGACACACAGAAAAGUUCUUUCAUCUAUGACCUUCAAUAAAGGUGAUUGAUAUGAAAUUUAUAGAUUAAUAGAAAAGCAGAAAUCCCUGUGUUGAAUAUUAUGAUUGUUUUAAACAUGUUUAAAGAUACUAUGUGAAACAAUAUCCAUUUAUAUUAUGGAAUAUAUUCCAUUCUGGGUAUGGUGGCAUGAGGGUAUGUGGUCCAGUGACAGUAGUAAAGAAACCAGGAAUCUGUAGACACCUGGGUCCUAAUCCCUACUCUAUCUCUUUACCUCAAAACUUUUUUGGCCUCAUUGACCCCAUGUAAAAGAGUGAGGAUAUUUGUUUACCUACCUCAUAGGGUGUUGUAAAGAACGUGAGGCUAGAGAGCACCAUGCCUCUUGCUAAGUUGCAAAAACACAGAGAACUGUGUGCAUCACAGGGGUAAGAAGGGUGGGUGCCACAGUUGUCUGAGGAGCAGCAGCUGUUCCAGUUUAUAUGGGAAACUUUUCCAUUAAAGGUCUAGGUAUAAAUAGUAAGUUUUUAAUGAAAACAAGUAAUCCCUCAUAUAGACACAGAGUUUCCACAUAGAUGGGCCACUUUCUUCUUAAUCAACAUGAAUUGUACUAAACACAUCUGGAAAAUCUGGCCCUUUGUUAGAGUUUUCAUGACUGCCCCCAUUUUCCAGAACCAGUUCAGUACUGGUGAUGCCAACUGAUAUUCUAGAAUCCAUUCCUGGAUAAAGAUAGUAUUAAGAUUGGAUUUGGAAUCAUUUAACUUGGUUCACAUUUCAUUCCUAACACAACACCUUUGCAAUGGAAGACUGUGAAAUCUUCUUACUGCUUAGAACUCUUGAGUUGAUUUGUCUUCACCACAUUAUAAAUAUAUUUCAAACAUUUCAGAGAAGUGCUUAUACAAUGACUUCAGCAAUAUAGGGAAGUGCAUGGAUUUGCAUAAAUGUGAUACACUAAAGUUAGUUCCAUGAAAGGUUUAAAAAGGCAGGAAAAUGGUAGGAAAAACAGCCUGAGUGAAAAUCCUGUACAACUCCGCCAAAGCAAUGUAUAUCCCCUUGCUUAAGUUACUAAACUUAACCAGAACUAAGUGCAAAUAAUAUGAUUUGGUGUUAUAAACAUUUGUAAUUAUUGAAUCAUAGUUGUGAUAUUAUGAAGUAAUAAUACACCUGUGGAACUAUUCUAGAAAUAGGGGUAAUAUUUUUAUGAUGUGAUCUAUUCAGUACCCUUGUUUAACAAUUAUAUUCACUUACAAAAUAAAUUUUAUAGUCUUAAAAAUUAAAAUAGUUUCCAAAUUUUCCCUUGAUGAGUGAAUUCAAAAUCACAAUGUGCUUGAUUAUAUACUAUAUUGAUAUCCAGUAUAAUCUUUUUGAACUCUAAAUUUUGUUUUCCAAUGGACUUAAUCAAAUAUUUAAAUUUCUAAAUUGGUUAAACAUUUCUAAUACAUGACAUUAGGCUUUCUGAAGUAUGACUUUAACAUAGAAAAUUGUGUAACACCUUAAAAGUAUCUGUACCGCCAGAAUAGACUGUUACCAUAGAAUGAUCAUGUAAGUACAAUGCAUGAGUAAAAGUAAUUUGGAUAUUCCUCAAUUUCUAUCCCCUCCAAUAUCAAUAUUUUUCUACACAAA